UUUUACUCAUUGCUACAUCAACCAUUUGAUUUCUAGUUCUUGAUGCAAUCAAGAUGGGAAGACAACCAUGUUGUGAGAAAAAUGGACUAAGAAGAGGACCAUGGACAGUUGAAGAAGAUCAUAAACUCAUGACCUUCAUCCUCAACAAUGGUAUUCAAUGUUGGCGAAUUGUCCCGAAGCUUGCAGGGUUGAUGAGAUGUGGAAAGAGUUGUAGGCUACGAUGGAUUAAUUAUCUAAGACCUGACCUUAAAAGAGGCGGGUUUACAGAAGCCGAAGAAGAUAUGAUCAUUCAACUCCAUUCUCGACUUGGCAAUAGAUGGUCAAAAAUCGCAGCUCAAUUUCCUGGGAGAACAGAUAACGAGAUCAAGAAUCACUGGAAUACUCGGAUCAAGAAGAAGAUGAAGUUUAUGGGAUUAGACCCUCGUACACACCAUCCAAUCGUGCAACAACGUACUCUUGACCCGAUUAUCACAAGAGAGAACGGUGAAUCCACUUCUUCGCAUAACGUGUUCAAUAAUCACAUGAUCAAAGAAGAGAAACCCGACGUUUUAAACGACAACAUUCCGACAAUUGAGGAUAUUGGAUUGAUGAUGUUGUCUCAUAAUCAACAACUUGAAUCUUUAAACCCUUCAUUUGAAUUUGAAUUCCCACAAAAUUGGAAUGAUAAUCCAGGAUUUCAAUGGGAUGUGUUCAAUGAUCCAGGAUUGGGUUUUCAUUGAUCUCAGAUUAAUUUGUAAUUUCUUUUAUUGAAAUAAAUAUCAUGUUUAACCAUGUAAUUUAGUAUUUUAAACAAAGUUACUUGUGUUAAAAUAUUUACAUUCUGUAAUUUAGUUUUGGCAUUCUUUUGCA